CAAAAAUGAAUCCGUUCAACCAUCAAAACUAAAAUUCUAAUUUCAUGCCAAAUUAUGCAUACAAUCCAUCUUAGUAUAUCUAAUCUUAUUACUAAUAAUUAUCUCUUUAUUACCUCCUUUAGAGACAAAUUAACCCUCAAAUUUACCAAGGAAUAUAAAAUUAUAAGCAUCAAAUCGAAACUAUAACAAUUUCUAGUGAUGAGGAGUAGCCAAUAAUAAAACCAAAAGAAUAACUUUCAAAAAUCAAACCAGCAGAAUAAAAUAUUGGAAAAUCGAGGAUUUUAGACCUUGAUUAAUUAGAAUAGUAAGGAAAAAUAUAUGAUGAUAAUUCUUGUGAGUCACCUUUAUUAUAAGAAAGGGUCUAAAAAUGUUUAAUAUCUCAAAAAUCAAAAAUAUAAACUAGAAAAAGUUUAUAACCAUUCAAAUUAAAAAAGAAAAUACUAAAGACUUAAAAAUAAUCUAAAAAUUACUGUUUAAAAGUUCAGAAAUAAGUUUUGUUUGGGUAGUAGAGAUAAUAAUAUUAAUUUAAUCAAUCUAGUAUUAAAACACAAUUGAUAAAAGUUUAUACAAAAAAUGAAGAGAAGCGUAAGUUUAAUUUAUUCUAUGAGAUAGUUUAAAAAUUAAAAGAACUUUUGUUAAUGAAUUUUCCAAAUUCGAAUGACGAAGACGCUGUCAGAUUACUGAAUGCAACUGGAAAAUCAUAUGAAAAAGCAAUGGACUUAAUCAAAGAAAAUGAAUUACUUGUUCAAUAUAUUUUAGAAAGUAAUAUUUAUUAAUAUAUUCAGCUAAUAAAAUGAAUGAAGUAUUGGAAGAUGAUGAUAUCAACCAAUAAUGAAAUGAAUCUGGAC